CAAAUUAUAUGUGCCAUCUAAACAUAUUAAUAGGCAUAUUUUUCUGUCUCUUUUGGUUUCCAUUAAAAAAAUCUGGAAAUUUCUGCAACGCUGAACGCGUGCCUAACUUUGUUUUUUGUAUUGGUGUUUUUAAGAUUGAGCUGUAGCCAUGAGUGCUGAACGAAUGUUACAGCAGAUUGGACUUCUUCAGGAGUUUGUAAAACUCUGUAAGGGGGACCCAGACAUCUUACACCAAAAGGAACUCAAGUUCUUCAAAGAUUGGCUGGAAGGUAUGGGUGCCACUGUCCCUCCCCCGACAGAACCCGAAGAAACUCCCAAGCAACCUAAGGAAGAAGAGAAACAAGAAACAAAGCCAGAGCCAGCACCAGCGCCUGAACCAGAACCAGAGAGUGAAGAGAGUGAUCUAGAGCUGGAUAAUACAGGAGUGAUAGAAGACAAGGAUACAGAGUUACCGGAGGACGGAGACGACUCUAAAGAAGUUACCGAGGAGGAGAUGGACUCAGCCAAUGAAAUGCGAGGACAGGCAAUGGCCGCUUUCAGUGAAGGGAAUUUUGAUGAAGCAUUAAAGUUGUUCACAGAGGCAAUCAAAAUUAAUCCCCAGUCUGCUCUGCUGUAUGCUAAAAGAGCAAGUAUUUUUGUAAAACAGAAGAAACCAAACAAAGCGAUACAUGAUUGUACGAAAGCUAUUCAGUUGAACCCGGACUCUGCUCAACCAUACAAAUGGAGGGGGCGAGCCUAUCAGCUACUGGGGAAAUGGGAGGAAGCCUAUCAUGACCUCACCAUGGCAACCAAGCUGGACUUUGAUGAUUUAGCCAAUGAGUGGCUGCACGAGGUCACACCAAACGCAAAGAAAAUCAUGGAGCACAACAGGAAAUACGAGAGGAAAAGAGAGGAAAAAGAAAUCAAAGCUAGAAAGGAAAGGAUGAGGAAAGCAAAAGAAGAGUAUGAAAGAGCCAAGGCUAGUGCCAGUACUGGUGGAGCAGGAGGAUUUGGGGGAUUCCCAGGUGGUUUUCCAGGCGGUAUGCCAGGUGGUACGGGUGGUAUGCCAGGUGGAUUUCCUGGUGGUAUGCCAGGAGGAAUGGGCGGUAUGCCAGGAGGAAUGGGCGGUAUGCCAGGUGGUAUGGGUGGUAUGCCAGGUGGUAUGGGCGGUAUGCCAGGUGGUAUGGGAGGAAUGCCAGACUUAUCCAAUAUUAUGAAUGACCCAGAAAUUGUUCAGGCUUUCUCUGACCCUGAGGUAGCAGCCGCUUUCCAGGAUAUCAGUCAGAAUCCACAGAACAUGAUGAAGUACCAGAACAACCCCAAAGUCCAGUCUCUCAUCAACAAAAUGGCCGCCAAGUUUGGAGGGAAACCACCGGGUGGACCAACGAUGUAAAGUCAAGCAACUGUUGUGUAGAAAGUAUGAAAGAAGAAUGAAAAACAGAUGUUGUGGACUGUAAAGUUAAAUUUGUAUUCAAUAUAUUUAUAACCAUGCAUGUUUUGCAUUACUUACACUUACAGAUCCUAGCAAGCUAAUUUCAUUUUGAAUUUUUUAAUACCUUUUUAUCCAAGCUUGUAUAAAUUCUGUGUAUGUGUGCUGUAUACAAAAGUUCACUAAAUUGAUCAAUCUA